AUGUCCGACUCGCAGAACCUUCGCGCCCUUUCGGAUGAAUACGAGAAGUUGCAAGGCGAUCUAAGUGAAACCGUCCAAGCACGACAGAAAUUGGAGAGCCAGUAUACCGAGAAUCAAGGCGUUCAGAAGGAAUUUGCAGGGUUAGAAGACGACGCCAAAAUCUACAAAUUGGUUGGUCCUGUAUUACUGAAGCAGGACACGGUGGAGGCGAAAAGUACGGUUGAUAGCCGACUGCAGUACAUUGACGGAGAGAUCAAACGAGUGGAAGUCAACAUCAACGCACUCCAGAAGCUCUGCAGCGAAAAGCGGGAUCAGAUUAUGCGAAUCCAGUCCCAGCAGCAACAGCAGCAAGCACCUCCCGCGUAG